GCAACGCCAGAAUAGGAAGGAUAAUAUUUUUUUUUCUAUUUUUUUCCUUCCGAAGCUCUUAUUUUCUUCCCUAAAACCCUUCCACGGUGACUGCCGACUGAUCUCUGAAUCCCGCCAUUUAACAUCGGAUGCGAGCUGAUGGAUUACGGGAUUCAGAAUAGCCAUCAUCUCUCCGCCGCGCCGCAAACCUUCUUACAGUCACAUCCGCAUCCACAACCACAGCCACAGCCACAGCCACAGCCACAGCAGCCGCUUCCUGCGGCUGCUCAUCUCUAUUCGGCCUACUACUCCACGGCCAACCCCAAUCCUUACCCCAAUACGAUCGUUAAACAAGAGGAUCCAUCGCCGUCUGGCCUCGUCUAUGCCGACGGUAGCGUCGCCCAGGGUGCAGAGCACUAUGCCAUACAAAGCGGAUAUGAUGGUCAGACUGUGUCAUAUGGCGUUUAUCAGCAGCAGCAGCACGCGGCAUCGUACCCUUAUGCACAGGCCUUAGCAGCGGCUUCAUUUCAGCAAGCUAAAAGAAAGUUUAAGAUCCAUUCAAAUAUUUUGGAUUUGGAAGAAAAGAAGCAGAAAGUUAUUGAAGGGGGUGCAUCAGCUGAUGCAGUAAGAGUUUGUACAAUUUGCAAUGUAGUUUGCAACAGUGCUAAAGUCUUUGCAUCUCACCUUUCUGGAGAAAAACAUGCUCUUAAGGCCCUCGGAACAAAUUAUCGGACCAUGGCACCAAAAGUUAUGGCCCAUGUAAAAAAAAUGAGCUACGCCAAAAAGUCAGCAGCCCUCAGACCCUUCAACAUAGCUACUAGUUUUACCAAGGCUGCCAAACCAGUUCAAACCUUUACAUGUGAAGUCUGUAAGAUAGACUGCAACAGCCAAGAAACCCUAAACACUCACAAAAUGGGUAAAAAACACAAGGCAAAACUGCAAAAAUUGCAGGAAAAAAUUACCCCAAAGCCAUCUGUAGCUUCUUCCGGCCAUAAUGAAACUGCAAAACCGGAAUCCGUGAAGAAAAAACCUUCAGGUAAAGAGGGUGUGCAGGUCAAGAAGGAAAAGGUUGUUCAAGGAGGAGCUGCUGAAGAAGCCAUAAUGAUUUGCAGUCUUUGUGACAUUGUUUGCAACAGUAAAUCCGUAUACGAGUCGCAUAUUACCGGGAGGAAACAUCUUUCCAUGAUUAAGAAGCAGGAGACUCGAGUUUGAACCAGUUCGCUUGUUACCGAAAGCUCACCUCGCCUCAGCUUUCGUAAAAUGAUUGUUAGAAUGCUCUGAUAGAAUUCAACUCACCACAUACAUUCACAAAUUUAGUGUUCUGAAGCGUUUUAUACUCAUUUUUCCUAUUUUUCUUGGAGUUUGAUAUGAUCAGUUUAUGGUUUUUUAUCUUUCUAAAGUGGGUUUUCAUAAUUUAGUGAACUUUGUUGGGGA